AUGUCUCUGCCAAAUUACAUGGAACCAGUGGAUGAUGUGAGAAACAUCAUUGGAGACGCCGAUAGUAACGAAAACGAAAACAAUAACAACAUGAAUGGUGGUCCUAGUUGUGGAGAUGAGGAAUUCGACAGUGAGAAUCAAGGAGAUGGAAGCAGUCCAAAUCCUCGUCAGGGUAAGAGAAAGCGAUACCAUCGUCACACUCCACACCAAAUCCAGGAGUUGGAAAAUUUCUUCAAAGAGUGUCCACAUCCAGAUGAGAAGCAGAGGAACGAACUUAGCAGCCAAUUGGGAUUAGGCCAGCUUCAGAUCAAAUUCUGGUUCCAGAACAAACGCACCCAGAACAAGAAUCAUCAAGAACGUCAUGAGAACUCACAACUUCGUGACGAGAACGCUAGGCUUAGAGCUGAUAACCACCACUAUCGAGAAGCUCUCGUUAAAGCCUCAUGUCCUAAUUGUGGAGGUCGCACCGCAAUUGGCGAAAUGUCUUUCGACGAACUUAAUCUUCGCUACGAAAAUGAUAAGUUAACCAAAGAGAUCCUUCAAUUAUCUGCGGUGGUGAGAAAGUAUACAGGCAGUGCUGUAAUGAGCCAUCCUGUUAUGUCUCCUCCUAAUCAAGCUGCUGCACCCUUCCAGCCCCCGAUGAUAACUAAUGGAAGUAGUGGAAACCUCUCGGUGUCGAACAUGGGAAUAAAAGAGGCUGAUAAGCCAUUGGUCAUAGACUUAGCAGUUGGAGCCAUGUCGGAGCUUAUGGCGUUGACUCGAAUGAAUGAACCGCUGUGGAAGGGAGGAGUUUAUGGCUCGACGAUAUUAGAUUUGAAUGAAUACGCAAGAAGAUUUCAAAACGGACUCGGGCCUACACCGACCGGGUUUAGAACCGAGGCAUCAAGAGCAACCGUGUUGGUGUCCAUGCAACAUAUGGACAUUGUUCACAGGCUAAUGGAUGUGAAUAUAUGGUCGACCAUGUUUGCUGGAAUGGUUGGUAGAGCCAUGACUCAUGAGACCCUCUUGACUAGAGUCCACGGAAACUUGGACGGAACUAUCCAUCUGAUGACUGCUGAAUACCAAGUUCUUUCGCCACUAGUCUCAACUCGGAAAAGCUACUUUGCCCGCUACUGUAAGCAGCAUGGUGAAGGUUUAUGGUGUGUGGUCGAUAUAUCCAUCGACCAUCUCAUUCCAAACCGUGAACUUAAUUGUCGGCGAAGGCCCUCCGGGUGUCUGAUUCAACAAAUGCCAAAUGGAUUCUCCAGGGUUACUUGGGUCGAGCAUGUGGAGGUAGAUGCAAGAGGUGAACCUCAUGACAUCUUUAAGCCCUUACUCAAUUCUGGUCAAGCUUUAGGUGCUAUCCGUUGGGUUGCUACACUUGACCGCCAAUGCGAGCGGCUAGCCUUCAUGAUGUCUUCAAACAUUCCAUCCAUAGACUCUGCUGUAACGAACAAUGCGAAACAGAGCAUGCUGAGACUAGCUGAGAGGAUGUUUAGAGGUUUCUUUGAUGGAGUGACAACUUCUACUGCAGAUAUAUGGCAAAACUUGCCUGGUAAUAGAGGAAGUAAUGUGAGAGUGAUGAUGACUCGGAAGAGCUUGAAUGAACCAGGAAGACCUGAUGGACUCAUUCUCUGUGCAGCUCAUUCGUUUUGGGUCUCGGCUCCUCCUAUCAUUGUCUUUGACUUCCUCAGAGAUGAGAACAAUCGAAAGAAUUGGGAUGUUCUAUUCAUGGAAGGGACUCCUCAGAAGCUGACACAUAUUUUUAAUGGGAGAGACCAAAGGAAUUGUGUAUCUUUAAUACGGAGCCCAAACAUUCGCCCGAACGAGAUGAUGAUGAUUCAAGAGAGCUUUACUGAGCCAGCAGCUUCGUUUGUGGUCUCUGCGCCUGUUGAUGUUCCAUCAAUGGAGAGAGUUCUCAAUGGAGGUGACCCUGAGUAUGUGCCAUUACUUCCUUCAGGUUUUGCUAUACUUCCAGAUGGUAUGGCUCAGCCUGGAAUAGCAGGAGGGUCACUCGUGAACGUUGCCUUUCAGAUGCUGGUUGAUGCAUCUUCUUCUGGUAUGCUGACUUUUAGCUCUGUUGCAACCAUGGAGAAUCUGAUUUUAGCAGCCGCCAAGAAGAUCAGAGAUUACUUUAGUCAGCACACUGCUUGA